CAGGCCACACGGUGUAUGAUAACGAAAUGAGAUGAAAUGAUAACGUUCUGACAGCUACGCUUAUGUGAUUCACUUUGGACUAGGAGAACAUAAAUUAUCGUCAUCCAUUAGCAGAGAUAAAUUCAAAACUCUGCCAAAGCUGUUUCUUGAUCUGAUGGGUCAAAAAAAGGACUAAAAAUAGAGUCCCAUCCUCACAAGGUCACGUGACUAACUUUCACAGCCGCUCUCAGUAACAACGCUAACUCCAUUCUCUGUAGACCCACCGUAAACAUUCUUCCCCAUGUGACAGUCGUAGGCUACAAUAUAUAUACAACGUACCGGUCUUUCAUCAAAUGAAUAAAAGCAAGUCUCUUGCGGAAAGUGUGAUAAUUUUGAAUUCCUAUCUCAUAAUGUGUGUUUCUAAGCUGUUCUUCCUUCUCACUAGUUGAACCGAAAAAUUAUCAGUGUUGAAAAAAUGUUUUCAAGCUCAAUCAUUAGAAACCAAUAUGUAGCAGCGUUUUCAGCCGCCCUGACAAUGACAAUAUGCGGCAGCUGCUUUGUGUGGAGCACUCCUCUGCUCCCGAGACUGAGUGGCCCGGAGGCCAUAGUGCAGAUGACGCCGACCGAGAUCUCGUGGAUGGUGUCCAUAGUGGAGGUGGGAUCACUGGCGUCGCCAUUCCCGACCGGCCGCAUAGCAGACCGCUGGGGGCGGAAGCUGGCUCUCAUCACAGCCGCCCCUCCCGUUCUCAUCAGCUGGUGCAUCAUUCUCUCCGUCAAAAGUGCCUACACCUUCUACAUAGCUCGCUUGCUCCAGGGUUAUGCAGUCAGUGUCGUGUUCACAGUGUGUCCGAUGUAUCUCAGCGAGAUAGCCUCAGUGGAGGCACGCGGUCGUAUUACGGCACUAGUGCAAGUGAUGUGGUACUUGGGCAUUCUGCUGCAGUUCUGCACAGGCUCAUACCUCUCCUAUGAAGUAAACGCCUACACAAACCUAGCUUUAACUGUACUUGUAUUCUUGUUCUUCCUAACGCAACCAGAAUCACCACAUUUCCUCAUGCUCCACAAUCUUGAGGAGAAGACCAUUAAAGCGUUGCAGCCGUUACGUUGCAAUGCCAGUGAAGAGUCGAUCAAGAAAGAGGUGGCACAAAUCAAGGAGGCAUUGGAUGCUGAGAAGGAUAACAAUGCAUGCUGGGCGGAUCUGAUUGCUACUGAAGCUGAUAGGAGGGUACUCCUCAUCACUCAAGUUCUGACCGCGGUGAGGCUGUUGAGUGGCACCAUCACAAUAUCAGCAUACCUCAGUGAGUUGUUGAUACUGGCUGACUGGAGCACCAUCGACCCAAAGACUUGCAUGGUGUUCUUCAGCACCGUCACCAUAGUAACCAUAAUGAUUGCCACCUGUACAGUCGACAAAAUUGGCAGAAUUCCACUCCUGAUCAUUUCAAGCCUUGGAACCUGCCUCAGCAACGGCGCAAUUGCUUUAUUUUUCUGGCUGAAAGACAAUUCUGAUGUGGAUGUGACAAACAUUAAGUGGCUGCCUGCUGUUGUACUAACACUUUUCACAUUUUUCUUCUCUUUGGGAUUGGGCCCAGUGACACAAACUAUCCAAGCCGAACUAUUUCCCUCGCACAUGCGUGGCUACGGCUCCAUUGUCAGUGUCUUCAAUAUGACCGUCCUCUCCUUCCUAGGUCUGCGUUCCUAUCAGAUAAUUACAGACUUUUUCGGAGUUAGUGCGAAUUUUAUAAUUUUCUCGUUAGUUUGUGGACUUGGACUGAUUUUUACAAUUCUAUAUGUUCCAGAAACAAAAGGUAAAACAUUCUAUGAAAUACGGACACACUUCCAGAAACAUAAUAAAAAAGAAGGCAAUGAUAUAGAGAUUACACCCAAAUGUUAAAUAUUUUUCUAUUGAAAUAAAAUGCUGCAUUAUGAAAUUUCAAAACUAGCUUGAAUGUGAAUAGGUAUAUUAUCAUUCAUAAACAUUUUAUGGUACUGUUUUUCCUAUUACUAUAGUAUGUUUUUUAUCAUAGAAUCAAUAUAAAUUUUCCUUUCAUUCACAUUUUUCAUAUUUUGUAGGUGUAAAAGAAUUGAAUAAAUUAAAAUAUGAAAAUAUAUACUGAAUAAUUAUCCUACUCUUCAAGCUCGAGUCAUACUGUAGACCGAGCAAUUAAGAAAUUCAGGUAUUUAGAAUUUAGGAGAAUAAGUAUGAUGGAAAUUGGAAUUUUCAUAAGAGAAUACAUAUUUAUUCUCCUAUCAUUGAAGAAAAUUUUAAAAAUAUAUUCUCUUAUCUUCCUUGGUGAAAGGACAAUGACUAACAGAGAAAUAAUUUUUAUCUUUAUUAUGGUAGAUAUAGUGUAAGCUAGGCUAGAUUAUAAAAAAUAAUAAUUAUUAAAAAUUAUUAUAAUCCGGCAGUUGGACAACUGCAAUUCUUAUAAUUCUUCCAUGUAUCAUAAAUAUUAUAAGUUGGUUAAAUAUUUCGAGUAAAAUGUACAAUAAAUAUGAAAGAACGUUUUCUAUUUAUAACGAUGAGUUUUAAUGAUGAAUCUCCCUAAAUUGAUUUUUUUGCUAUUUUAUUCAUUUCCAACAGUAACUUUAUUAUAGAGGUGUUCUCAAAUGCUACAGUCAUAGAAAUGAUGAAUUAAAAAAAAAACUGAAUAACAAGUCACAUUCUAUUCAAGAAGUGAUGUUCACCUGUAGGCUACACAUUCAUUUAUCAUAUCUUGUUACAGUUUCAUUAGUUGACUCAUAAAAUCUACUCCUACUGUUUUUCUUUUGUUACUGAUAUUUGUGUAUAAUUCAUUAUGAAAUUUCUGAGUCUCACAAUAAUUCUCCAUGUCAAAUUCAACAAUGUCACAAUUUGAAAACUAAUCGUAGACCACUGCAUGAGCGUUCAAUUACACGAUUUUUUAAUUAGCAAAACAACAGAUGUACGAAUGCAUCUGGUCUUUUCUGGUGUGCUCCAGAAAUAAUUUCAAAUACCGUACUGAUAAGCUAACUUUCAAGAAAAGAUGACAAAAAAGUUGUCUCAUAUUUAUUUAAAGAUUUGUGAAUAAUGCUGAAAUAUACAUAAUAAUCUCGCAGUUGGCAGCUGUACAUGAACAAAG